UACCAAUCCCGGGCGACGCGUCCACGCCCGUGCCAGGGCUGGUCUGGGACUCCGGGAGGUUCCAGGUGGUUUGGGGCUGCAAGAACCCGAGCUGGGCAUAACGCGAAGCGGAGAAGCGAGAGGAAACGGCACCUGUUCCGGGUGGGCAGCUCUCUUGUGUGCCUCGCUCGUUCUGUGGCCGCUGACAUGUGGGCCACCUUGAGGUUAGCCCCGUGGCGGUGCGCCUGCGCUGCUGCCCUGCGGCCGCGCGCCUAUCACGGGGACUCGGUGGCCACGCUGGGCACCCAGCCGGACUUGAGCUCAGCCGUCUACCAGGAAAACUAUGAACAGAUGAAAGCACUAGUAAAUCAACUCCAUGAACGAGCACAGAAAAUAAGACUCGGAGGUAGCAAGAAAGCCAGAGAACUCCACAUAUCAAGAGGAAAACUGUUACCCAGAGAAAGAGUCGAUGGUCUUCUAGACCCAGGGUCUCCAUUUCUGGAAUUAUCCCAGUUUGCAGGCUACCAGUUAUAUGGUGAUGAGGAGGUCCCUGCAGGUGGCAUUAUUACAGGCAUUGGGAGAGUGUCUGGAGUAGAAUGUAUGAUUGUUGCCAAUGAUGCCACUGUCAAAGGAGGUACCUACUACCCAGUGACUGUGAAAAAACAUUUACGGGCACAAGAAAUUGCGCUGCAAAACAGGCUCCCCUGCAUCUACUUGGUUGACUCAGGAGGAGCAAACUUACCUCGACAAGCAGAUGAGUUUCCAGAUCGAGAGCACUUCGGCCGCAUAUUCUAUUAUCAGGCAAGGAUGUCUUCUAAAAACAUCGCACAGAUAGCGGUGGUCAUGGGCUCCUGUACGGCAGGAGGUGCUUACGUGCCUGCAAUGGCUGAUGAAAACAUCGUUGUACGCAGGCAGGGUACCAUUUUCUUGGCAGGACCCCCCUUGGUUAAAGCAGCAACUGGAGAAGAGGUGUCAGCUGAGGAUCUUGGCGGUGCUGAUCUUCACUGCAGGAAGUCUGGAGUCACUGACUACUACGCUUUGGAUGAUAGUCAUGCCCUUCACUUAACUAGGAAGAUUGUGAGGAAUCUAAAUUAUCAGAAAAAACUGGAUGUGACCGUUGAGCCCUCUGAAGAUCCUUUAUUUCCUGCUGAUGAACUGUAUGGAAUAGUUGGUACUAACCUUAAGAGGAAUUUUGAUGUCCGAGAGGUCAUCGCUAGAAUUGUGGAUGGAAGCAGAUUCAAUGAGUUCAAAGCCUUAUAUGGAGACACAUUAGUUACAGGAUUUGCUAGAAUAUUUGGAUAUCCAGUUGGUAUCAUUGGAAAUAAUGGAGUUCUCUUUUCUGAAUCUGCAAAAAAGGGGUCUCACUUUAUCCAGUUAUGCUGCCAAAGGAAUAUCCCUCUGCUAUUCCUUCAAAACAUUACUGGGUUUAUGGUUGGUAGAGACUAUGAAGCUGAAGGAAUUGCCAAGGAUGGUGCCAAGAUGGUGACUGCCGUAGCCUGUGCCAAUGUGCCUAAGAUAACUGUCAUCAUUGGGGGAUCCUAUGGGGCUGGAAACUAUGGGAUGUGUGGCAGAGCAUAUAGCCCAAGAUUUCUUUACAUGUGGCCCAAUGCUCGUAUCUCGGUGAUGGGAGGAGAGCAGGCAGCCAGUGUGUUGGCGACCAUAGCCAAAGACCAGAGAGCGCGGGAAGGGAAACAGUUCUCCAGUGCUGAAGAAGCAGCUUUAAAAGAGCCCAUCAUUAAGAGGUUUGAAGAGGAAGGAAACCCUUACUAUUCCAGUGCCAGGCUGUGGGAUGAUGGGAUUAUUGAUCCAGCAGACACCAGACUGGUCCUGGGUCUCAGUAUCAGUGCAGCCCUCAACGCACCAAUCCAGAAGACUGACUUUGGUGUCUUUAGGAUGUAACUGGAACAUAGAGCGUCUUCCACUGGACAUGUACCAAAAAUUAAUACAUUAGUAACAUUAAAAUUUGAGACUUUUUUCAAUAUUUGUUACAGUAAAAUUGUUCUCUUAGCACAGUGCAUUGUAUUUUUCUACCUUAAAAAAAUCAGUGAAGACAUUUAUUUCAUGAACCUCAAGCCCUUGUAAAUUUUCUGAGAUUUUUCUAUGAUUCAGCUUUACCACUCUUAAAAUGAAGGGAAUAACUUAGAGUUAUCCUUUCUAACCCACCAGUAGUAUGAAGAGUUCCGUAAACUAUAGAUUCCAGGUAUUAUCGAGGCUAUUACAUGAAGUUAUAUUUCCACUGAAAUGAUGCCUUGUUGAUUAUGCAUGCUAUUGUAACACACUUAUUUUUUAAAAAAUAUC